CAUUAUCAAGCGUUGUCUCACUCUUACUGUUUACCAGUUCCUGUGCUCCAGAACCAACUCAGCAGCCUUGCACCAUGCGCGUCAGUUAUCUUCCAUCCGCCUUCAUCGGCGUUGUCGUUGCGGCGCCCUUGACGCAAAACAUACAUUGUCAAAACCCUGCUGUCCGCCAGGAGUGGCGCCUACUCCCCAGAGAGACACAGCAAAGCUACGUGGACGCCGUCAAAUGUCUCAAAACAAAGCCUUCCCGGAUCGGAAGGAACCUGACUACGACGUUGUACGACGACUUCCCCUACAUCCAUGCUCACCUAGACACUUCAAUUCACUUUGUUGCCUCCUUCUUGCCGUGGCAUAGGUACUUCGUCCACGUCUACGAGAAGGCUCUUCAGGACUGCGGGUACAUCGGAGUCGCCCCCUACUGGGAUUGGACUCUUGACGUUGCCAACGUCUCCACCUCGACGAUCUGGGAUGCUGAUUCUGGCUUUGGCGGCAAUGGCCUCAGACCCUACCCCAAUGGAUCAGAGGUCGAACAGAAUUGUGUCCAGGACGGACCGUUCAAGGACCUCCGCGUCGAGUACAUGGCCCUCAGGGCCGAAGAACAUUGCCUCCGGCGCAACUUCAACAACGGAAGCGAAGAGAUCGGCGACAUGUUUGCGGGAGCUUACACGCCAGAGGCGGUUCAGGUGAUCAACAAUUUGACGACUUACGACAAUUUCCGCAUCGGUCUCGAAAACGGUCCCCACGGCGCUAUUCACAGCUCCAUUGGAGGAGACAUGUCACCCUCUACUUCACCAAAUGAUCCCAUCUUCUUCCUCCAUCACGGCCAGAUCGAUCGCUUGUGGACGCUUUGGCAAAACGAGCACCUGGAGAAUAGGACGCUUGACUAUAGCGGGAUCAGGACUCAGGACCAGUUCGAUGGCACGACACCUCCUGCGGCGUCGCUGGAGGACAUCAUGCCCAUGGACGGUCUGGCGGAUGAUGUUGCCGUCAAGGAGUACAUGUCCGCCCAGAGCGGGCCCCUGUGCUAUCGCUACUAGUAACGACUCUCCAUGACACUUGCUUGCAAUUCUUUUGCCGUAGAUACAUCUUGGAAACGGACCGUCGUCUACCAAUCGCCGUGCCUUUCCGGAUGCUGCCUGCUCUGGUGGUCUAUAUCCUAACCCUGCCCUCACUAGAAUUAUUUAGAUGGAGCUAAGACGGCUUUUUUUCGUGAUGGCUUCGCCAUCCUAAAGUGUUGGGCACCGCUCCGCGAAACGGACGGAGCGGAACAUGGUACGGCCGAUUACAUUCCGUGUUGGACGGUGGGAUUCCUGUCAGUGGACCUCCCAAUGGUGGCAAACCAGCUCAGUGAGAAUUACUUAAGCCUUCUUAUGCUUUGCCUCCCAUGCAUACCGCUUUUCAUGCCUGCUGCUUCUCAGACGCCUACAGUUGUGCAAGCAGGGACUCGGAUUAUGUGAUGGCUUGAAUGCGUUUAUAUCCGACGCAAGCUGGCACUCCCUAGAGGCUAUGUACGACACAUGUCUUCUGUCUUGGGUUGUGCUUCAGUGCCAAUGACCAGACUUCCGCGUGUACGUUGCCGAUGUGUUCCAUUGCCGCUUCCUUACGGUUUCACUUGUCCUCCAACUCAGACUUACAUACUAUACAUCCAAAUCAGGCGGCUCGGGAGGCAAACUCAAUGGAUGUGCGGAGGAUUUCUCUGAUUUCGGUAAAGGGGACACGAAUAUAGCUGGCCCUCGCGGCUCUCCUGCCUCCCCUCCUACCACGUCUCUUGUCCUCUCGCUUGUUGCUGAUGGGAUCGGAAAAGUGCCACGGGCACAGGGUAAUGUUGGCGUAUGGUCAAGUGACGCUCGCCCAGCUCAUCGCGCACUUAACCCUUUCGUUCUUCACGUCCCAGACCCAGACGGCAACAAGACAAUCAUCGAGUCUGGUGCCGGCGAUGUCACGCGGGUUUUGGCGGUCGUAGGGGAUCUUGACUGCAAUCACGGCGCGAACUUUGCCGUGAGUGUACGAGAUGUAUCGGGCGCAUUUGGCCUCGAGCUCCUCCAACGUCGUUGGGCUCGAGUAGGCGACCUCGGCGACCACACGCGGAAGGUAGCUACCGUCUGCUGGGUCUGCGUACUAGGAGACAUCAGGGAUGUACCUUAUGGGGUCGAAGAGGGUGCCUGGUGACUCUGAGCCAUCGCCGAGGGAGUUUGACUCGGGGGGUGGGGAGAAGAAGUCGGAUGACCACUCGAAAAGUUGUUCAAUCCGAGGGAAAGUGGUUUUGGCGGCGUCCGAGACGAGCUUGCCAAAUUUCUGGGUGACCAAGGCGUGGAGACGGCCCUGGGUUAUCUUGAAGCACGCGAGGCGCAUCUCGGGGUCGUACUCGACAUUGAAAUGGUCAAGGGACACGCGAGGAUCAGUUUCGAGGCGUUGGAGAAGGGAACAGAAGGCAGAGGGCUCGAGUCGAAAUUUUUGAUUGUGGUCUUUGUUGUUUUCUGCAGCCACAAACCCAUUGUGAUGAGAAAUUGGGUUAUUGUUGCGAUUGACAAGUUGGACAGCAAAGUCCAAGCAGGCAUGAAUAGUCGUCUCCGUCUCCGUCUCCGUGUCCAUGUCCGUAUCAGCUUUCGCAGGAGGCUUAACUGUGAUGGCCAUCGUCACUGUGGGCGCGUUGGGUGUGUGAGAGUGUGCAGAACAGCAAGGCCUGUUGUCACAUAUUUUGCAAUGAGUAAUGUAGGCAAGAAAGGAGAUCUUUGUUCUGCUGUUGAAGAAAAAAAACAAAAGAGUAGCGCAACUUACCGUUUUUGAGGUGAUUUAAGGUAGGUGAGCAGCAGAGUGCAGUUUGCAGCUGUUAGUGUGUAGCAUGCAUGUAUUGACUUUAAGGUUUGGC